CUUCACUCAAUCAGAUCAGAUCGAAAUCAACCAUUACCAUCAGAUCUCUGCACCGUAUCGCUCCGAUCUGCUCCGAUCUUCAACACGUACCGUCUCUGCCGAUCGUCUGACGCCGCCGGCCACCCACCGCCACAACACUCACCGCGACGCACCGCCACCAUCAGAUCAGAUCGAAAUCAUACUCUCACCUCGUACAUGCUCCGCACUGUUGGAUUAUCUCCUGCUGCAAAAACCAUACAUUCUAGGUUGAAUGUUACAGUUCCCAGAGAGCCUAACUUAGAAACUCAAGGUUGAUUAUGCUAUGGACAUACACAAAUCCCUCUAUCACACUGAAGAUGUCCCACAAGGAUUAGCAAUGGCUGCAGAUCCAAAGUUUAAAACAUUUGAAGCUGCUUAUCCCUAUGUUGUUCGGAAACUUCUCACAGAUAAUUCACCUGCCAUGAGGAAGAUCCUACACUCUGUGGUCCUGAAUAGAAGGAAAGAAUUCCAAUGGAAAAGGCUUUCUCUUUUCUUAAGAGUUGGAGCAACUAGGAAAGGGUUGCAUUCUGUGCUGGGGUCCAACUCUCAAGAAUCACUUGUUUAUUCUGCCAAGGAAGUCAGUGGGACAGUUGAUGUUGCAAACUUGGUGGUAAGAUUACUACCCUCUAAAGAUGGUGCAGUGCUAAGAAGGCUCCUGAUGACAGCAGACGGAGCUUCAUUAUUUCGUGCAACAUAAUAGAGGAAUUACCAAGUGGAUGGAAGAAUCCUGGUCUUGCAGCCAAAGAGCGGGCAAUGCGCCGAAGUCAAAUCAUAGCUUGACCUCCUUGAUGAAGGAAAUAGAGGAAUGGUUCACAACAUAGCACUGGCCGAUUAGGCAUAUGAGGAUAAUGAAACAUUUGUUGAGGAUGGGAUGCACAAGAAAGGAUAUAAAGCUGGAUGAAUUAGAGACCAGCCAUUUUGUCCUUCUUCAUGGUGGUGGUUUUGGGGCUUGGUGCUGGUAUAAAACCAUUGCACUUCUGGAAGGAGCUGGAUUUAACAAACAGUGUUUUAUGUAUUUAUAUUUUAUACAGGGCAAAACAGCAAGAAAUGGUUUUAUCAGAUAUAUGCAUUGCUCCGGGUAAAGCAUGGGAGUAUUGUCCAAGAGAAGCGUUGCGUAGAGUUUCCAGAGUCUUUAUAUAACCAAGUUUUUUUUUGUUUUUUUUUUUUUUUGGGUUUCCUGCAAAAUUAUACCCAUAUGAAGCUUUAGGAAUAUUAGAAAAAGUAGUCACUAGGAAAA